AUGGGUGGUGGCGGUUGCAGUGUCCAGGUGCGUGAGCUGUUCAACUUCUGGCUCGCACUUCGAGUUCCGCGUGAGCUGCGCGAGAAGCGUUCAGCUAUAUGCGUGUCCAUCAGCAAUGACACGGUCAUCAAAUUCGAGUUCAUCCAGUUACAGUGCUCCGACGCCGAGGGUGUGCUCGUGUACAAAAACUACCACGCCUUCGUGAUUCGCAAGCCGGCAGUCGAGAGGCGCUGCGCUCGUAGCCUAGGACGGCAGCCCACAGAUGGAGCCAACGACAGCGACUUGGGGGAAACGGUGUCGAAGCGCGGCAGACGUGCCUAUAGUGUGCUGUUGGUGGGAGCCGACUCACUCUCGCGCAACAAUAUGAAACGCUCACAUGCAAAAACGGUCAAGUACCUAGAAUCGCGAAUGGGAGCAGUGUGGUUGAACGGAAUGAACGCACUGGGCGAGAACACGCUGGAGAACAUCGUGCCCCUUCUCAUCGGGCAGCACAUACACGAAGUGAACAAAAGCUGCAGGCAAAGCGACUAUAAGGUCUGGGACAACUGCACGUUUCUCUGGACGUUAUUCGCCAACGCGGGCUACCGCACCUUGUACGCCGAAGACAACACUGAAAUAUCGACGUUCAAUUACCUGAAGCCCGGUUUCGGACAACAGCCUACAGAUUACUACAUGCGGCCCUUUCUCCUUCAAUUUGAAAAGGAGAUGGGUUAUCACAAGCCCCUGAACUGCUACACUUGUGUGGGCCCAUAUCAGCUAGCUCAAGUGGUGCUAAACUACACGCGCGACUUCGCCAUCACAUUCAGGGACAAGCCGUACUUCGCCUUCACCUGGAUCAACUCUCUGACGCACGACUAUGCUUCUACACACUGGGGCGGAGACGAGAUCUUUCUCAAGUUCUUUGAGUCGCUGUACGAGGGCGACCACCUGAGAGAUACCAUCGUCGUGUUCCUGAGUGACCACGGCAUGCGCUGGGGCAGCAUACGACGCACGUUCGUCGGUCUGCUCGAGGGCCGCCUGCCUGGCUACCUGUGGUACCUGCCUCGCAGUCUCACGCUCCACCACCCAGACCUCUUGCGAGGGCUCAAGGAGAACGCUCACCGCCUGACCACGCCCCUGGACGUUCACGCGACGCUGCGAGGAGUGCUGGAAGAUUUCCAGCUCCUGGACGCACCCAGCACCCAGCCAUUUCUGCGGGAAACACGGCGCAAGUACGACGGCUUUCGGAUGGCAUCGCUGUUCACUCCGGUUCCCUUGAACCGAACGUGUGACGACACCGGCAUGGAGAAACAAUGGUGCUCGUGUCUGCGCCGAACAGCCAUUUCGACGUCAUUGCGGCCAGUGCCUCAGGUGGCUGAGGCAGUUGUCCGCUAUAUCAACCUCAUACUCAAACCGUACGCACCACUUUGCGCUCGACUACGCCUCAAGCGUGUUGAUAGCGCAUACGCUCACACAAUCGAAGACCCAAGGGAUAGCGUCAGCUACAAGCCGCUGUGGUUCGAGCAGUUAUUUCCUUUCGGUCGGAGAAGAGACGUCCGGGAGUACACCGUCAGCCUCGUGGCGACUCCUGGCGAGGCGGUGUUCGAGGCGACGGCGCGCGUUUUCGGCAAUUCCGUCACCGUCAUGGGAGAAGUUCUGCGCAUCUCUCUGUACGGAAACACCUCGCACUGCGUGCCCACUAUGCCGUUCCGAAAGUUCUGCUACUGCUUGCGGCCCGCCUCUACGUCGGAGUUAGCACGGCGGCGCUGA